AUGAACAUCGGAGCAACCAAAGUCGCCCACGGGCUCGCCACACCCCCCGAGCCGCUGUCCAAGGACUACCUGGAGCGAGCAGCCGACAAGCGCGCUGAGCAGGCCGCUAAGAUCCCUGAAGAAUGGCGCCUGGAGCCUGUCCCUUCAGUGGAGAGCACCCCUAAUGCGCUCGAGUUCAUCCGCUGCUCGGGCGUCCUCAGCGCUGAGGAACUCGCCAUCACCGAGACCGUCGACGUGGCAGAUCUCGCCCGGAAGCUCGCGGCCGGUGUUCUGUCGUCCGUCCAGGUCGUCGGCGCAUUCUCCAAGCGGGCGGCCGUGGCCCAUCAAUUGACCACGUGCUGCACCGAGAUCUUCUUUGAGGAGGCGCUGGAGGAGGCGAAGCGGCUGGACGACGUGUUGGCAAGGACGGGCAAGCCGGUUGGUCCGCUGCACGGGAUUCCCGUCUCAGUGAAGGACUCGGUUGAUGUCAAGGGCCACGAUACUUCGAUUGGAUGGGUUGGAUUGACCGACAGGCCCGCCAAGCGAGAUGCCGGAAUCACCACGAUGCUGCGCAGACUUGGUGCUGUCCUCUACGUCAAGACCAACAUUCCCCAGUCUCUGAUGAUGUCUGAUUCAUAUAACCACCUCUUCGGGCAGUGCGUAAACCAUCUCAACCGGAACCUCAUUUCCGGUGGCAGCAGUGGAGGCGAGUCAGCCCUCAUCGGAGCUCGUGGAAGCCCUGUAGGAGUAGGAACCGAUAUUGGAGGUUCCAUCCGAAUUCCUGCAGCGCUGUCUGGUAUCUAUGGUCUCUCGCCUACCUAUGCUCGCCACCCAUACGAGAGGCCAGGACCCAGGCAAAGGAUAAUUAUCGCUACUGCUGGUCCUCUGGCAUCCAGCCUCUCCUCAAUCGAGUCGUACAUGGAGGCGCUACCCCAGGCAAACCCUUGGGAACUCGACAACCUAGUGGUGCCAGUACCCUGGCGCACCGAGCAAUGCACAAUCAGCCCGCCAGGACGCAAGCUGAAAAUUGGCUACAUUCUCGAUGACGGCAUCGUCAGGCCACAGCCACCCAUUACUAGAGCCUUAAAGGAAGUGAUUGCUGCCUUGCAGGAAGCAGGCCAUGAAGUAUCUGAAUGGGACACUUCAUCACACAACUACGCUUGGGAGUUGUGGAAGAAGGGUGUCAUGUCCGACGGCGGCCUAGGUUGCAAGAGACUAUGUGACAUGUCUGGGGAGCCUCUCGUAGAAGGAAUGUUGGUUGGCACCUCGGAAGAUCUUCUUAGCACAGAGGAAACUCAUCAGCUCAUGGCAGAGAUCGAUGCCUACAGGGCUGAGUAUCUCCGUCACUGGAACGAGGGUGGCUACGAUGCCAUUAUUACCCCCGUUACUCCUUGGGUAGGAUAUAAGCCCUGGACCUGGGUAAAAUCCAACCAGUAUGUGGGAUACACCACCCUCUCCAAUCUACUGGACUGGGCAGGUCUCGCUAUUCCAGUCACCACCGUUUCUAAGGAGAAGGAUCAAACACCACCAUCAGAUUGGGUAGAGUAUCAGCCCAGAAACCCUUCAGAUGAAUUUAACAAGCAGCAAUAUGAUUUUGACCUGGUAGAGGGGAUACCAGUCGGGCUACAGAUCAUGGCUGGAAAGUACGGGGAUGAGAAGUGUAUCGCCGUAGCCAAGGUGAUUGAAGAUUUACUGAAGCAAUAA